CCAGCCAGAAACAGCUAUUUUAACUAUAAAAAGUUGGCAACAGUGGAUGGGUCGCGUCGUCAGUUGUCUUGAAAAUUUUAACAGAGUUGCAAGUGUCGAGUGUCCGUUGUUCUGCGUCGGAAACAAAGUAAAAUAAAUAAAUAAAAUCGAUAGAAAAGAAAAGCAUAUCAAAGCCGCUCUUCCUGCGGCCUAACGGUGUUUAAAUAAACACCCGUCAAAACUAAACAAUUGAAACUGUUACAAAAGCGCCGGCAACAAAAGCAGCUUUUAAAUUUCGUUUCUCCAAGAUGUCCAAAUAUUCGGGCAAAAAAUGUCGCCUGCUUUCGAUGAUGUGGCUAACGGCCUUCUUCUUCUUCGUGGAGAUUGUUGUGGGAUAUGUGACCAAUUCCAUGGCCCUGGUCGCGGACAGUUUUCACAUGCUGGGCGAUAUUGCCGCCCUGGUCAUAUCAUUCCUAUCAGUUAAAAUGUCACCUAAGAAGUGGUCCAAGAACACCUUUGGCUGGGCACGUGCCGAGGUUUUGGGUGCUCUCGUUAAUGCCGUAUUCCUCGUAGCGCUCUGUUUCAGCAUCACAAUCGAGGCAUGCAAAAGAUUCAUCGAAAAGGAGCCAAUACAUCGGGCCGAUCUGCUGCUCAUUGUCGGUAUUUUGGGUCUGCUGGUGAACUUGAUAGGCCUGGCUCUGCUUUAUGAGCACGGUGGUCAUCAUGGACAUUCACAUGGCGGUGGCUUGACCCGCAAUCACAGUCGCCUCACGGAGCUGGCCAACAUGGACGAGGUGGAUGACGAUCAGAAUGAUUAUGCAUUUGAGAAGCAAAAGGAGCAAAAGCCAGUGAAAAAAUCGAGCCAUGGUCAUAGUCAUGAUCCUGGCCAGAUGAACAUGCGUGGCGCCUUUCUGCACGUGCUCAGCGAUGCCCUUGGCAGUGUGAUUGUCAUUGUCAGUGCAUUGAUCGUGGAGUACACUGAAUGGGAAUAUCGCCUGUAUAUUGAUCCAGCUUUAUCCAUUGUCCUCGUCGCGCUCAUUUUGCACUCGGUUUGGCCGCUGCUUCGGGAAUCUGCAUUGAUUCUGCUGCAAACGGUUCCCACGCACAUUCAGGUGGACGCGAUACAGAAGCGUCUGCUGGAGAAGGUCGACGGUGUGCUGGCCGUGCACGAGUUCCAUGUCUGGCAAUUGGCCGGAGAUCGCAUCAUUGCCUCGGCACACAUACGCUGCCGCAAUUUGUCCGAGUACAUGAAGAUAGCUGAGAAAGUGAAGGAGUUCUUUCACAAUGAGGGCAUACACUCGACCACCAUACAGCCGGAGUUCAGUGAGAUUGAGGGCUGCAACAUGUCCGAUGGCACCUCGAGCAUUAAUAUGAGCGGCUCCGAUUGCUGUGCCCUCGACUGCCCCACCACGGAUGAGGGCUGUGUGAAGGCCACCUGCUGUCAGAACAACAAUAAAUUGAAUCCGCUGCCCUCACCCACAAAUUCGCCGUAUCUGUGUCGUCAACGGAAUGCGGCACGUCAGGCUGGCGAUGUGGAGGCCGGCUCCUUGCUGGAAAACGGCAGCCAGGCGGUGAGCAAUGGAGGUGCGGCAAUCACAGCAGCUGCGGAGCCAACGCCAAAGAAUGAAUUGGUCUGACAACAGCCGCCAGCACAACAACAGCCACAACCACAACAACAUCAAGUACACUUUGCCACAAAUCUAAGCACAAUAGCAACAGGAGCAGCUGGAGCAACCACAACCACAACAACACGUGAUAUAUUGUACGAGCCAACUAACCAAACAACUUCCAAAGCCAACAACAACGCUACCAACAACGACGCCAAUCUCUCCUUAACCGCACAGCGAAGACGCGAACUUCAGCUGCGUGCCGAGCAACAGUCCAAGGACCAGGUGAAGCUCAGCGGCGGCGCCUGCACCCGCAAUGGUGAUGAGGUGGCUCUUUAAAAUGGGGAUACGGAUUUAGUUUAAAUUUAGGAAACAUUUAAAUUGUUGUGUGCAGGCAAUUGAAGGAGGAUUCUCAGCGUUCUUGUUGUUAAUAAUUACGGCAAAGUCUAGUUAAUAGUGUGUCUAUUGGUGUACCCUUUUCCCCCCUUUCUGUGCUGCCACGCCCCUCCUUUUAAACCACACACACACACAACAGACACAACCAGCGCACCGUAUUUUAUAUAAUUAUUAAUAUUAUUAUUAUAUUUUGUGCUAGUUUAAUUAAAAUCAAAAAAUGGAUUAGAAAUAAUUAAUCAAAUAGCGUGCAGUUCAUAUAAAUUGUACGAUUAUAUGAAAUGUUAAUAGCAUUAAAAUGAAACAAAACACAAUAUUUACGAUUUUUUACAUUUUGAAAAAGUUUAUACAUGAGAGAAAAGUGAAACAAAAAUCAAUAUAUACAUAUAAAUAUAAAUUGUAUUUAAUAGUUAUAUUCUAGUUAAUAAUUAAUGACGUGUUUCGGUGCGAAUGUUUAGUGAAAAGUUGCAAAUGUAACAAAAUACCUAGUGUAUUAACUAUAUGCAAAUUGUAUUUCUAUAAA